AUGACGAGCCGUGGACGAUCGGAUGCGGCCGGCGGUCGUGCGGGUGGCUCUGGCGCGCGGCCAGACGACGACUACAACCGGCGGGCCAACGACGACCUGCCGCAGCCCUUUGACGCCAAGUCGUUGGAGCGAGCCAAGAAGCGGGCGCGGUCGAGAUCACCAACGGGCAGCGGCGGCGACCAGGCGCGGAAGCCGAAGCGCCCGGGCCAGCGUGCGCGCAUCACCGAGGCCGAGCGGGAGGCCAUCCGGCAGCGGGCGCUGGAGCGCGAGCGGCAGGCGCUGAGCGAGGAACAACAGCCGCAGCAGCAGCAGCAGCGCGCCCACAUCGACGACGUCGUGCGGUCACACUACAACGCCGUGCCAGAACGCGGACGCGAGUGGCGUAAGACGGCCAGUACGAUCCGCGGCCUGCGCUCGCUCAACAACUGGGUCAAGAGCUGCAUCAUCCAGAAAUUCUCGCCCGACGAGGACUUUGACGAGCGCGGAAGCAGUGCUGGCAGUGCUGGCAGUGCUGGCCGGUCCGAGCUGCUGGUGCUGGACAUUGGUUGCGGCAAGGGCGGCGACCUGGGCAAGUGGAACCAGGCGCCGCAAAAGGUGCAGCUGUACGUGGGCCUGGACCCGGCCGACGUGAGCAUCGACCAGGCACGUGACCGGUAUCGCGAGAUGACGCAGCGUGGCGGCCGGGGCGGCGGUCGGGGCGGCGGCUACGGCGGUCACCAUCGGGCGGCCGCAAGGGUCUUUGACGGACGCUUCUUUGUCAAGGACUGCUUCGGCGAAAGCAUCGUCGACAUCGGCAUCGUGCGGGACGUCGGCUUCGACGCCAACCCGCUCUCGACCCGCGGAUUCGACGUCGUCAGCAUGAUGUUCUGCAUGCAUUACGCCUUUGAGACGGAAGAAAAGGCGCGCACAAUGUUGCGGAACGUGUCGUCGGCCCUGAAAAAAGGCGGCCGCUUCAUCGGCUGCAUCCCAGACUCGGACGUCAUCGGCGAACGCGUCCGUCAGUUUCACGCGCAGCAGGAGAAGAAGCCUGCGGCAGAGGCUGACGUCGAGGCGGCAGCGGUCGAGAAGCCGGCCGACGAAAGGGAGGAGGGCGAGCUCGACACUAAGACCGAUGAGUCGCCACCGCCAGAGCCGACGGCAGAAUGGGGCAACAGCAUCUACCGCGUUCGCUUUCCCGGACCAACGCCGGCUGACGGCACCUUCCGGCCGCCCUUUGGCUGGAAGUACAACUUCUUUCUCAACGAGGCUGUCGAGGAGGUCCCCGAGUAUGUGGUGCCGUGGCAUGCCUUCCGGGCCCUCGCCGAGGACUACAACCUCGAGCUGCAGUACCACAAGCCCUUUCCCGACAUCUGGGAGGCCGAGAAGGACGACCGCAUCCUCGGCCCGCUGAGCGAGCGCAUGUCGGUACGCGACCGCGGCUCGGGCGACCUCUUGGUCAACCCCGAAGAGAUGGAGGCCGCCAGCCUCUACGUUGGCUUCUGCUUCUACAAGGUGUGA